CUGAGGGUUUCUGUGCUGCUUGGACCGAGGAAAGGCCCUUUUUGGUACUCUCAAAACCCCAGUUUCUGUGAAUCUCCUCUCUACUCCACCUAAUUUCACUUCUCCGGGCGUGAUCAAGUUCCCCGCAAUGGAGUCCGAGGCUUUUGAGGAUAUGCAGAAAGGCGGCGGCAGUCUUCGCGCUGUCAAGGACUUGACGGCCGGUGCUGCUGGCGGCAUCGCUCAGGUGCUCAUUGGUCAACCUUUUGAUAUCGUCAAGGUGCGCCUGCAGACAACCACGCAGUACGCCAGUGCGCUUGAUUGCGCCACCAAGAUCCUGAAGAAUGAGGGUCCCACGGCCUUUUACAAGGGUACCCUGACUCCUCUGAUCGGUAUCGGAGCCUGCGUGAGCGUCCAAUUCGGCGCGUUUCACGAAGCCCGGCGACGGCUGGAGGCGCUCAACAAGAAGAAAUACGCGGACCCGACGCUCUCCUACACGCAGUACUACCUGGCGGGCGGGUUCGCGGGGAUCACGAACUCGUUCUUGUCCGGGCCGAUCGAGCACAUCCGCAUCCGGCUGCAGACGCAGCCGCACGGGGCCAACAAGCUGUACCAGGGGCCCAUCGACUGUAUCCGCAAGCUGUGCAACCAGGGCGGCGUGCUGAAGGGCCUCUACCGGGGCCAAAACGUCACCUACCUCCGCGAGAUCCAGGCCUACGGCACUUGGUUCCUGGCCUUCGAGUACCUGAUGAACGCGGAUGCCAAGCGUAACGGCAUCCGUCGCGAGGAGAUCUCCAGCCUCAAGGUCGCCACCUACGGCGGCCUCGCCGGCGAGGUCCUCUGGCUGAGCAGCUACCCCUUCGACGUGGUCAAGAGCAAGAUGCAGUGCGAUGGGUUCGGGGCUAGCCAGCAGUUCAAGAGCAUGACCGACUGCUUCAAGAAGACUUAUGCGGCUGAGGGGCUGGCCGGGUUCUGGAAGGGGAUUGGGCCCACCUUGCUGAGGGCCAUGCCCGUCUCCGCGGGGACGUUUGCGGUUGUCGAGCUCACUAUGAGAGCCCUGGGAUGAGGUAUAUUCAUUGAAAAAUAACCAAUAAAAAAAUGCGAAAGAAAUUCAACAGCUCAAUUUGAAAUACCCUGCCCCUGCAUUUUUGUUGUCAUCUUCUCGUUGUCCGAACAUCCACGAUUUCCAAAAGCAAAGGCAAAGGGGAUAAAAGUGGCAUUUUUUUCUUAUUAGACUGGAUCUUCGAUGUCGCUGUUUAGCGGGAAUCAUACCUUGGAUAGAUUUUUUCUAUGCAGGCAAUUUCAGAUUCAACACAGCAGCUGGAUCUUAUUGCUCAUGAAUACCAAAUUGAUUUGGCC